AUGGCUGUGUGGGUCCACUUAGUACUUCUGCCAUUGCUGUACCUUGUCGACGGGAAGCCAAAACUGCCGGGUGGUGCCACCAGGAAGAAUCAGACCGAAGUGACCGAGAACAACUUGAACGACACAGAUGUGCUGUAUCAUUUCGAUUACAACCUCUUCAAGAACAAGUCGACGCUACAGAAGCCGACUCGGUUGUCGAGGAAGAUCGUGAGAGACAAGAUAAUCCUGGAGCAGAUAGAGGUUAGGUUCGAUUGGAACAAGACCAUACCCGAAGGUAAACAUGUCGGCGCCUUGUUCAUUCUGCAGCGGCAAGAACAGAUCGUUGAGAACGCGCUGCUCUAUCCUCCGAAUGACGUGCGAAUGACCGUGAGAGGACUGAAGGAAGGAUUGACGUACAGGGGAGAGGUGAGGAUCAUAGAGGAUCAGCAACAGUUGGAUCACAUCAAUGCUACCAGCGAAAAGGGCAGGUUCAGGUUCGUCUUCGAAUCGCCCAGCAUCAUCCAAGAAAAAGAUGUUAAAGGAAUACUUGAAGCACUAAAAGAAAUUGCUGAAACUAAUAUUAAACUGGAUGGGAUAUCUGUCAAUUUUAAACUUCCUACACUCGAAGGACCCACAGUCUUAGAAAUUAAGGACAUGAUGGAUCAGAACGAUACAGAUAAAGUCAUAGUCCAUAUGACUGCUAAAACAAUCUCUCUUGUAAUCAACGACCUUCCAAGUAGCACAGUUUUGCGGGUGACUCUGAGUUCCAAUGAUAGUGUAAUACAUACGACAUAUGUAUUUACAGGAACAAUCAGUGGACCAUCAAAGCGACUGCAAUCUAUCGUUAAAACUGCCUCUUACACAGAUAACACCAGAGAAAGAUUGACAGUGAAAUGCUUUGUUAAGGAUAAGCCACCAUUUCAGGGAUUUCCGUGCAAAGGUUCUAACAUUUGCAUUCCACUCCAUUGGGAAUGUGAUGGAGAAGAAGAUUGUGUUGGUGGAUUUGAUGAAAGCAGGUGCUUAAACAAUAAAAAGCCUGAGGUAUCCACUCACCAUCCACCUCCUCAUAAGUGCAAGAAGAAUGAAUUUCCAUGUGUUUCAAAGACAGUGCCCGUUUGUCUGCCUACCAGCUGGUUGUGUGAUGGUAGGAUGGACUGCACAGAUGGUUGGGAUGAAAAUAAAGAGAACUGCCAAAAGCAGCCUCCACCAGUAAACGUGACUGGCUUCAGCUACUGCGAUAGAAAACAUUUCAAAUGCCACAGAGGUGGAUGCGUAUCUCUAAGAAAAAUGUGUGAUGGUUAUAAAGAUUGUUCUGAUGGAUCUGAUGAAUAUGAUUGUGUUGAUGAUGAUGAUGAUGAAGAUGAUGAUGAGGAUGAUUUCUUCUGUGACCCAAAUUAUGAAUUCAGCUGCGACAAACGAUCCUCGAAGACUAAAUGCAUUCCAAGACCAUGGGUCUGCGAUGAUCAGGAUGACUGCCCAUUCGGCGAGGAUGAAACUGACUACAUUUGCAGAUCUCACUACCACAACUACUUUGAUAAGAAACGCCAGGCUUAAUUUCCAUCAUUGGAUAUUUUGCUAUUGUAAUUUGUGAAUAUUAGGACCUAUCAAUUUAUUAUUUAAUGUAAAUUAAUAUUUCCACUUUUUAAAUAAUGUUUUUAUAAAAUGUAAUAUAAAUAAAACAUCUAAAAAAAAAUUCUUAAUCUCACUGUGUAAAUCACUUUUGACAGAAGAAAAUGUAAAAG